AAUCGCAGCCAAACAGUCCCAAUUCCUACCGGCUGGAGUGCGAUUCAUAGGAGGAGACUGCAAGAAGGAAGUCACGGAGGCGAUCGAACGUCAAGGAACCUAACUCCAUGGCGGUCGGCGGGGGCGAAUCCGAGAUUUUCAAGUCGCGCUCAGAUAAGCGGGAGUACCGCCGUAUCAUCCUCCCCAACUCACUCGAAGCUCUUCUAAUCAGUGAUCCCGACACUGAUAAGUCCGCGGUUUCCAUGAAUGUCUCCGUCGGCUCCUUCAGCGACCCCGUCGGUCUCGAGGGUCUUGCGCACUAUCUCGAACAUAUGUUGUUUUAUGCUAGUGAGAAAUAUCCAGUUGAAGAAAGUUACUCAAAGUAUAUAAUAGAGCAUGGCGGCUCUACUAAUGCUUUCACCACUGCGGAGCAUACAAAUUUCUACUUUGAUAUUAACACAGAUUGUCUGGAAGAAGGUUUGGACAGGUUUGCGCAAUUCUUUAUCAAGCCAUUGAUGUCCCCUGACGCUACUAUUAGAGAAAUAAAAGCAGUGGACUCUGAGAAUCAGAAAAAUUUGUUAUCAGAUGUUUGGCGGAUGAAUCAGCUUCAAAAGCAUCUGAGUUCCAAGAAUCAUCCAUAUCAUAAAUUCAUUACAGGUAAAUGGCUAUUUUUUGGUGGAACCAGGUCUUCCUUUUUCUCCUGA